CUUGUUUAUUUUGUUGUGACGUUUGAGUGAAUCGUAUCAUUAAAGAAUUUCUCAAAAUAACUUAGAAAUUAAAGUUCAUACAUGUAUUCUACGCAUUUGGCCAAAAUUAGACAAACAAAUGACUUGUCUGUUUAAACAAAGAGAUCGCGCAACGCGCAAAAGAUUUACUGUCUUGUGCUGUCUGUACGAUUCAACCAAAAUAAAACUACUUACUUGAAAUGAUUUAAUUUAACAUCGUCGGAACACAGCAGGAUGGUGUCUGGAGACGAAAACAACUAUGACUUAAUUGAGCAUCUACCGGAUGAAAUUAUAAUAUUAAUCUUUAAAAACCUUCCACUGGAAUCAAUACUGACCUGUGAGAAUGUAUGCAAGCGUUGGAGAAAAUUGUCUCGAGAUGCAUCGUUGUGGAGACAUAUUGUCAUUGUUUAUUCAGGGAAGCCUGGCCAAAGUGAAGUAAGUGAGCGCAAUCUGGAAAUCAUAUCAACCCACGGCAAGUAUAUAUAUUGCUUAAAAUUGCAGUAUGUAUACAGCUAUGCCACUAUAAAAUCCAUUACAGCUAACUGUGACUAUAUUACUUCACUGGAAUUAGUGAUGUGCCGAGUUACAAAAGAAUUUGAAGAGGAUAUUUUGAGAUGGCCAAAUCUUAAAAAACUAAAUUUAAGGAAUUCUUUACUGAUGACCAGCAAGGAUGACUUGAUAGUGAAAUAUGAUUACUUUAAGGAGUUAAAUUAUUUAGCCCUAUCAGACUUUGGAUUAAACCCAUUUAAUUGUGAUACUUUAUUGAAUUGUGAUCAUUUAAGUCAUAUAUUGAUAGAGAAAAUUAAAGAUAUGGAUGUAGAUUAUAUAAAAAAGUUAAUAAUAUCCAAACAAAAUAUGCUGGUCACAUUUCACAUAUAUGGAGGUGACGCAGUGGAUGAUAAAUGCCUCGCCCUGCUGGCACAGUGUCCAGCUCUCAAGGACCUGGCAAUAAUAAGAUGUGAGAACCUUACCGAUGUUGGUUUGUUAGCACUUUCCAACCUGAGGACAAUACAACAUUUACAAAUAUGGAAUAACACUAACUUUACUGAAUUAGCACUACUGAAAACAUUGGGCAGCAACAUUUUCAUAAAGCUGGAAAGUCUUAGUCUUUCUAGGAUAAAAAAUAUUACACCAGUAAUAGUGGAUAUCAUUUCGGAAUAUUAUAAAAAUCUUAAAUUUCUGGCUUUGUACCAAUGUCCACAUAUUGUAAUGACUGAUUAUGAAAAGCAGCUAAAAUCAAAAUUUAGAAAUAUAGAUGUGGUCCUAUAUUGACAAAAGCAUACUAUUGUAAGAUAUACUGUUUUUAUGUAGGUUUUUUAGUGUUCCGUACAAAACUUUGUUCACGGAACACUUAACUUAAUAAUAGGGAGUGUGCAUGAACUAUAGGGGGCAGCAUUGGAGAUAAUCCACAUCUCAUAUCAGUUAUGUAUUUUUCCUGUUUUGUAUUUUUUUUUUCAAAUCUAAUCUUUAUCAUGCAGCGGGGCGGUAGCACAGACCGUCGCGCGAGUAUCACGCUCUCGUCCUGCUUGCACUGUAUGGGAUAAAGGUGCAUGGUUGACUGUAGUUUGUAGAGCCAAGCACCGCUACUGCCCUGCUGUAGUGACCAGUGAUCGGUCAAAUCAUCGCAAAACCAUCAAAAACCAUUUAUAUCUCAAUAUAGGACAAGAUUUAUUAAACUCAUAUUAUGUAGUAUCUUUAUAAAAUUUCCAGAUUAUAAGUACUCAAAAAUUGCAGUUCAAAUUGUAAAAAAAAUUGUAUCAUGUUCCAUACUAUAUUUAUUUUUAUGAUAAAUUGAUCGAACUCUGGUAGUGACAAAGCCUUUAGUGUCACUGUAUUGUUGGACACAGCAAACCUACAUUCAAACUGGAUGUUCCAUCUAGGUAACUGAUAUAGUGCAAAACAUUACCAUAAAGGACAUCAUGCUGGAAUUGCAGUUUUAGCUAUUUUAAAAAGAACACCUGAAGAAAGAGAUGCAUAAUGAGUGAGAUGUCGUUCAAGAUCAUAAUAUUAUUACACCUCAGCAGUAUGGCCUAGUCGGAACAUCCAAUUAUAUUGUAAGAUCUGUCAUUGGGUAGUCUGUGCGGAAAGAGAAGAGUCGAGUUCCACGACUCUUAAUUCUCUUUCCGAACAGACUCUAGAUCAUGUAGGUAUGUCUCAUAUUGAUACCUACAAACAAACACGAAAAUAAAUAGCAGCAGCCAACUUUUAAGCUUUUAUAUUGUUUGUUAUUGUGGCUGUCACUUUCUUGCAGUCUGUAAAAACGUAAUGUGGUUUAAUCAUCAUAGCCUUUUUCUCAUCUGACACAUAGUUUUAAAAGAACUGAAAUUGUGUUUCAAAAAAUAAGUAGCUACAGUCGUAAGCAUCUGCUGUUGUUAUACCUAUCUAGGAGAUUUAUAUAUAUAUUAUAUAAUUAAUAAAAUAAUUUAACUAAACUAAUUAUUUUUUUUGCUGUAAUGGAACAGUAGUAAAGAGAAAGCAUGGCAUUCAAAUUCAUUUAGUAUAAUUACCUUAAUUUAUAAUGGCAUUUUCAUAAAUCAAUGGGAUAUGGUAGAGUCGACUACAAAGAGAUGUAAGUAUCCACUUUUUCACCUAACUGCUUUGUAAUAAAGUGAAAAAAAUAAUGGAUACUUACAUCUCUUUGUAGUUGACUGUACAAUGUACAUACAAUGUAGAAGACAGUUUGUAAUGCGGAAUAUUUUCAACAAUUUUGCAACCACCCUUGGUUCCAAAGAAGUUUUCGUAUAUAUGUCACUAAGGGCCACUUGUUCCACUCACUAACCCGGGGGUUAACCAGUUAAACCUGGAGUUACCAUGGUUACCAGUACAAUUUGACACUGGAUUAACGGUUUAACCGGUUAACCCCGGGUUAGUGGGAUGGUGCAAGUGGCGCUUAAACAUGAAUUACAAUAGUGGUAUUUAUUCAUAUCUAAUUAAAAGUAAAUAUAUACAGGGUGUUUGGUACAUCGUUUUCCAAAUUAAAACGGCAGAUAGCUUGAGUCAUUUGCUAUCUUCUCAGGCCUAGAAAAACAAAAUUGGCCAUGGUUUUUUUUACUACUACGCAAGUAAAAAUUUGAAAUUUACGAAAAACUGUCAUAGAAGUGAACAUUUUUUUUUGCACCAAAUUAAAAAUGUAUAGGCCUGAGAAGAUAGCAAAUGACUCAACCUAUCUGCCGUUUUAAUUUGGCAAACGAUGUACCAAACACCCUGUAUAAUAUUGAAGUAUCCUCAACUGUUUGUAAUUCAAUUGAAGUUAAAAAGUAUAAAUGCAAUUAUCGCACGGCUCAUGUAAGUACGUAUGCAAAUAGCAUUAGAAAACCAAAGAAGCCUCAGUUCUAUAAAAUUGAAAAUGUUUUUCUUAAAUAUGUAUAAUCUUCAAUUAUUUUUAAAAUGUAAAAAAAGAACUCAACUUAAGGCAAUGGGUAUGUUUGGUCAUUUAUAAAAUAUCAGGAGCUGUUUUUUAACAUUACUUUGCCCAAUAGGUUUAUUAGGUAACUGUGCUAUUUCUAACUGUCAAUUGUUACACAAGUUCGCAAUCAGAUAAAAUUAUUUACAUAAAUAUUGAAAUAUUUACAGUAGACAGACAGUUUCAUGCUAGGCACAUGUUUGAUACAAAUAUGCAACAUUUACAAUGACAUUAAUUCUCGUAACUGCUGUUGUAACUAGGUUAUAUAUAACUAAGUAGUAUUUAAAUCAAUUAGGAUUUAAUAAUAGAAUUCAACAAAUUAGAAUUGUGAUGACUUAUAGUUGGGCCGACAGAAAUUGUCUACGAGUUUUAGUUUAUUUUACUACCUUAAAUACCUACUUACCUGCAAUAAAUGUUAUGGGGUCUACAGAUAAAACGAUCUACCACUAAUUAUCACUACUGAUAUUUGUUGUCUACUUUUUGCUUGUAGUUCAUGUCCAACAUAACAGUGAUUAGAUAGUUAGGUCUAUAUACCCCAUGUGCAGCAUUGAUAAUAAAUCAAAUAUAUGGGCCUACAUCACAACA